AUGAAUAGUUGGUUGGGUUCAAAUCAUGCAGCCGACGAGCAGCCGUUGAGCAAUCACUACCCCGGCUGGUCGUCGACAGCUGCUAGUCCGAGUAAUCAGCAAUCUCCAGGCCGUCGAGAGCAUGCCGUCCAGCCGCCUUUGUUGACUACGGCUUUGAGUGGUCCUCAGUAUCAGGGCCUCGGCGCUGGUCUGGGGCUUACACCGACGCCUUUAUCAUCUACUUCGCUUUCGAGCCCUUUUACCCACGGCCAGUCGCCUUGUGUUCCUUCACCCAUCAACGGAAGGUCGGCCUCGUCUUCUUCGAUGGCGUCGAGGAAUGCAUACAAUGUACCGUACAACCCACAGGACUGGGGGCCCCCCGGUAGGCCUUCGGCGCAGGGCUAUCUUCAGCCGGGAAGUAUGCAUAGGGUGACGCCGCAGAGGAAUAAUAACCCAGAUGUGCCGGUAUCUCCACCACCUCCACCAUAUUCACCCCCCAGCAACCAAAAUCGAGUACCGCAGGACUUUGCUGGCCCGGCAAACCCUCACUAUGCUGCAAAUCCUUCUCCACCUAACACGAGAGAAGGUGAUUUCGAUAUGCCUGUUCAAUAUCAAAGGCGUUCAAACCGACCUCGGCCUCUAUCUAUGGUAUACCCAUCUAACGCGGAUGCUCACCGUCAGUCUUUGCCUCCUCCGCCUCCACCGCAGGGACACCCAGCGAGUAGAUCUGUUUCUCAAAACCGAUCUGAGUAUCAGGGUGUGCCUUACAAUGCCACACCGAAUCAUAGACCCAGACUGUCUCAGUAUGAUCAGGGUUAUAACGAGCAAAUAUCUGUGACACCCGCUCACCUAGAGACACCGUCCCGACCCCCUGCAUCACGAAGAGCCGCGUCGGCUGGGGCAGUGCCGAGCAGUGCAGGCUCAUCGAGGGCGGGAAGUCAAACGAGGAAUCGAUCACCAUCAACAAAUAAUAAUUGGGAACCUGGUAUGCCGCUCCCGCCGCCACCUCCAGGACCUCCUCCCACCACAAGGUCCGUCAGCGUAAGCGGCUCAUCAGAAUCAUCCAUGAGAACACCUCAAGGGUCUGUUGGCCGGACAAGGAGAGCACCACCUGUGCUAGGAACAGGACUCGGAAGUAUCCCGCCCACACCAGCAGACUGGAUUGAUGAGGGAUAUCUGAACAGCCGACCAACGGAGCCCUUAUACGUCGAUACGGCAAAAGCAGCCAAAGCACCAGAGCCGUCAGAAACCGAUCCCUAUAACACAGCCAACCAAAGAACACCUGGGAGUGGAGGACUUUUCCGCAGCCCAGCAGUUCGCGACCCUAGUGCCAAGGGUAUCCGUGAAAGACGAAUCGAACGACGUAACCGCCAAAGCCAGGUUUAUGAAGAUGUCGCCAGCGCAGUAUCCACGAGUGGCAACCCAUGGGCCGAUGCACUCGAGCAGAUCAAACCUUCGAAUCUCAUCCUUCCAGACCAAAACACCAACCCGGAUCAGAUUCAGCAUCCGAAGUCCUCCAGGUACACUCCUCGCAGCACACGCAGUAUUGGAUCGGAGGAUCAGCGGACUGCCUCGCGGUCCCGAGCAGGUUCCACUGGUCUCUUUUCGGACCAAUCGUCCUAUGGUACCCCCAGACAAGAACCUAGCUCCGCUGGUAUUGGUCCCUCUGCGGCAUUUGCGCACACGCCUCCGUUCUCACCCAAUGGAGAGGGCUCUUCUGGAUACCCCAAAGAAGCAAGCCAAGUAAUUCCGCCGAAGGCUCUGCCAACUCCACCUCUUAACUCCGGCAAGGAGGUUAGACCACGCUCUCGUGCUCCGUCACGAGGAGCGGAAGACCGUCCUAUCUCGCACAUUCUUCACAUGCCCAACGACGCUUUGUCGAUGAUGAAGCCAUUAUCACCGCGUCGGACUCCUGGGCAGCAAACACAGCAGGCAUCGAUGGAAGCGGUUAUCAAACAAGACCCUACAUUUUUGCAGGAUGCCAUGGAACGGCACAAGGCUUUCAUCGAGAAAGAAUCCAGUGCUGUAGAUGAGACUGAAGCGCUCAAGACUUUUGCGGACUAUAUCCUGGCCGAGUCUCAAAUCCGGCGCCAACGAUAUGCGAAGGUCUGGGAAUCCUUUCAAGUUGAUGAUGUGCGUCGAAACCUCUUCGAGAUGCCGGUCAUCCAGCCAUCGAAGACUAAGCCCCAGCCAAAGUUGGACAUACCCUCAAACCGAGCUGGUCGGCCUGAGUCUGCGUGGUGGAAUAACUACCAACCAUGUCUGUCGCCGAUUGCUAGUCUCAAUAUGAGCAAUGAUGAGAUGAGCUCUCGGGGUCGCGCACCAAGCCGCUGGUGGGAGUCAAAAACUGGUUCUAGCAGUGAGGGUGGGGAGAGGAGGGUUCAACGUUCCAAGCGAGAAUCAAAGUAUAUGGGCUUGCCUCGGGAGGCGAUGCAGUGGGACCAGGAGUUGACGCCUUCUCAACCCAAAGACGUCAGUAUGAAUUACGGGCCCACGGAAUAUGGCCCUGACGAGUACCCACCUGAGAAAGUCGGAUGGCAUGAAAACUCUCCUGCGAAUCCUACCAGUAGUGGACAUCAGUAUUCGGAAAACCGCAGACUGGAUGUUUCGCGCUUGAUCACAUUGCCUCCGCCUUAUCCUCGACAUCACCCUGCCGUGAAUAACAGCCACCCAGACCUCGUCACCCAUCGAACUACAGUCCGUUCCAUUACGGAUCUGACUGAAAUAAAGACCACCAGGCAUCGGUACAAGGCUGAUGUGGAACGGAUGCUCCAGGAACAUCAAGUACAAGUCGACGAGGGUCACCGCCACUUCAAAUCUAAUAUCCAAAGCCAGAUCCAGGAAGGAAGUCUCACAUUCGCUGAGGCGGCAGAAGCGGAGGCAGCGAUGAUCGUCGAGGAGAACGAGCGUGAAAGGGCAAUGGUAAAACGUCAGCUUGAUACGUACCAAGAGAUCGUGUUGAAGCCCAUACAUGUCAUACUAGCCGACAGGAUUAGCAGAGCAACAGCUUGCAUCGACAAUUUGAGCAGCAUGCUAUUCGACGAUGCACAGCGUGACACACCAGACUCAACACAGGAAGAGGGCGAUGAAAAGCCCGAACUCCUAGAGAAACUGACACAGCUGAAAUGGCUCUUCGAAGCCCGCGAGCUGCUUCAUCGCGAAUUGUUCGACCUCGUCAGUGACCGUGACGACAAGUACAAAGCCGUCGCGCUCCUCCCAUACAAGCAGAACAAGAAUGAAGACAAGCUGCGGGAGACACAAGCGUUCUUUUCUCAGGAUGCACUGGACAGACGCGUAGAGUAUGAGAACGAGGCGGUUUCCCGACUUGAAUCGUUCCUGAAUGUCAUUGAGCAGAACGUCGUGCGAGGCGUGGAGGUGCAAUUAUCCGCUUUCUGGGAUAUUGCCCCAUCGCUCUUGGCGCUUGUGCAGCAGGUGCCUGAGGAUCUGCGUGGUUUCCAGGUGCAGAUUCCUGCAGAUGAAUACGAAGAGAAUCCGAGCUACCACUCUCACCCGCUGCAGUAUCUAUACACGCUGCUAUCACACGCCGAGAAGUCGAGUUACCAGUUCAUCGAGUCGCAGACGAAUCUGCUUUGUCUGUUGCAUGAAGUGCGGUCUGCUGUUAUGCGAGCGAAUCGCAAUCUCCUGGAAGCGGAGCGCAUUAAAAGAGGGGAGACGGAGGUGGAUGUGCGUCGUGAGAUGGAGAUGACUCGUGCUGAUGAAGAGCUGGCUCUUACGACGGAUCUCAAAGACAAGGUUGCUACUGUUGAGGGUCAAUGGACCGAGGCGCUGGGGAGUCAGAUUGAAGGGCUCAGGGAACGGGUGAAAGAGCAGCUUGUGAGUGAGGAUGGUUGGGAGGAAUUGGAGCAAUUGGAGGAAUAG